AUGAAGACUGUCCUCGUCCUCUCUAUUCUCCUCUGUGCUGCUUUUGCAGCUACAGAUGAAGACAAAGAUAAGGCUCUAGAUGCAGCAGUGAUGGCCCCAAAGGAAGAGAUGGCUGCUGUACCAGAGAUGGAGGAGAAGAUGAUGAAAGAAGAAUUUAUGCCAGAAGAUUCUUCCCCUGUUCCUAUGAAGGCUUGUGUGUUUGAGGAGGCAGCAGCACCUGAAUCUCGUUUUAACUUCUGCCCAGACGGCUGGUUCAGCCACGGCUCUCGCUGCCUCCUGUUCGUCAACAUUCCCAUGUCUUGGUACAAUGCUGAGGAGCACUGCAACAGCAUGGGUGCCAACCUUGCCUCAGUCUCCAACCCCAGAGAGUACAGCUACCUCCAGCAUAUCACAAAAACAGGUGGUCAGAGCAUCGUAUGGCUGGGAGGCUUCUACCUGCAGGGCCGGUGGCUGUGGAUUGACCGUGAGGGUCUCUAUUACACUAACUGGUACGCCCAGUCCACCUCCAGCAGCUACCCCUGCAUGUACUUGCGCACCACCAAUGGUUGGGGGAACACCCAGUGUACCUCUGGUUAUCGCUUCAUUUGUUCCAAGAACCCUUUCGGCUGUUGAUACAACAACAGAACAACACAACAGCAUCUGGGGCCUUGUGCUGGACCAGUGGCCA